UUCGACGCUGUGUUACUGCGGCAUGCUGUUCGUUCGUGCAGCAUGGCUGUCGUGUUUGAUUGGGACUGAAUGAGGCAGCCGCCGUGGAACGGCGAUGGGGGGAAAAUAAUAAUAAAGACUAAUGGAGGGGGCAUUUUCUCGCGCUAAAAUCUCAGAUGCUGGCCUGUUCCACAUUCCGUUGCAUCCUAUGGAGUCCGAUGGGCGGCCGGGAAUCAGCGCCGUGCGACUGGCAUGUGUGGCACGCGAAACCAAAGGGUACAUUAACUAGCUAGCUAGGUGCCGUCGUUGCUGCUCUUAGAAUCGAGCUGAUGGCGUGUAAUCAAACGGACGAACGUCUGCGCGGUGCAGACCUAGUCCUGUGCAGCUACUAUCGUUUGUUUUACGCGCGCACGGUCACAGUGCCAUUGCUACAGCUGGGAACAAGCAGUUGGUUCGAGCUCACUGGUGGCUUUCCGAGUGGCUCUUAGCGGUGGCCUCCUCCAUUACGGCGGUGCAGUGCGUAUAUCCAGGCACAAAAAGGGUCGCACGAAGCAGACUCACUUUCGUUUUAUUGUUUUCCUAGCACCCGUUGUUUUCUCGUGCGUCGGUGUUCGUGGUCGUGCUGGGUAAUCGCGCUGUGACGAGUAUAGGAAAAUGAGGCCAUGGCUGAAGCGGUAUACAAAUUAACUUACACAAGGGAGUGGCAUACAUGCGCAUUGGUUUGAUGAAACGCGGCAGUUGUUCAAUAUUUGUGUCUUUCUCAAUGCGGUCACACUCGCCGUACGUGAAGCUGGGGAGCCAACUCUCAGAGGACUUCGCUAUCGAAAUACAUGUAACACGCAAUAAGAAUAUUUUUCGAUGCAAACACUCGGCUCACGUGAACGGAACGUGUCGCAGGAGACAGCGGAAGGCACUUGAGGGAGCAGACAUUUCAUGCAGUGCGUGGAAUGUAAUGCACAAAACUAAGUAAGCGAACAUUUCACAACCACGUAGCUGAAAGCCAUACCGCAAUCGUCUAAACUACACAAAGAGAACAAGAACACAUGUAAAUGUGAUACAUAAGUUUGCACGCUGUGUGAGAAACUGGUGCCUUGUUUGCAAAAGUGAUGCACGCACGUGAGCAGUAUACUUUACUGAGGUGUACAUGAAUCGUCUUCGCUUUAGUUGUAUUGAUAUUUGCGGAAUUGCCUUUUCCCUUUCUAUCGCUGAAUUACGGAGGUACAAAGAUUGAAGGGUUUCCGUCAACAACAACGAUUGUAAUUAAAAUUAGGGCAUAAAUAAAGAAACUCCCGCUGAUGGGGCCACUGCGCAGUAGCUGCCGAGAAGAGCGAUUUUUCCGCCAGCCGCAGAGCUGAGCUGUACCGAAAUAAGUCGCACAGGAGUGCCAUGAACUUGUUCCGGGGAGCGGGAAUGCACCAGAAAAAGCUAGCCCGUGGGGAAUAACGAAGAAACAAUGUAGGCGCUGUCUGAAGCACGAUGUGGUUUAUGACGAUUGUCGGUGUCAUAUGGAAGAAAAACAAACAAUAAUGCAGCGUCAACAGGCAUUACCUGAAAGUAAAAAAAAAAAAAAAAAAAAAGCAUAGCGAGGCCUUCCGGAUUCGUAAGAUUGGGGGGUUGUCUGAGAGCGGCGGCCGCCAAGCACUGGUUGAUAGCACGCUGAAUGAUUGUGUAAGGGCCGUGCGUGGUAUUGGCUGUGCGUAGCCUUGGAAGGCCGAAUCGGCUGUCGCACACCUGCCUAAGUAUAUGCGAAGUGUCGUGUUCAGAUAUAUGUACAUGGGAAAGUGCGCUAGCGAGCGUGUACGUGCGAGAUAGCUUGCUGGCGACUUCUCAACCAGAAAAGAUGAAGUUGGCUUCCCAGAAGGUAUCGUGGCUUCACAUCAAUGCAGCGGACGUUGCUCACACGUUUCCGUCGACCGCAGUUUCUGAGGUGACCGCCGCCAGCAGUAAUGGUGCGGUCUCACAGUCGGUGGUGCCACUCCGCGAUGCGGGCCGGUAUGGCGGUGAUUGUGGUGUUGGCUGAAACUAAAGAGAACGGCGCAGCAUGCUGUCAUGUUUAAAUGCAAUUCAGUCGCCUCGACAUGCGCUUUGCGUAGCCGCGAACAACGCGGACGCGCGAAAACGGCUGGCUUCCAGCAUCCUGGCGAACGCCGGCGUGCGCGCCGCCCCGCGUACGGACACGGCUGCGCUGGCGUUGGCCAAUCGGCGGCGGGUGAGUUGGAGAGGGGAAGAGCACUGAGGGGAAGCACGACCGCGCUGUGCGCAGGGGCCAGCAGUCUCACUCCGGCAGUCGACGAGUUUGGACGCUCCCGUCUCCUUCUUCCGCUAUGGCCAGGACAAAGCAAACCGCCCGCAAGAGUACCGGCGGGAAGGCUCCGCGUAAGCAGCUUGCCACCAAGGCUGCUCGCAAGAGUGCACCUGCCACCGGCGGUGUCAAGAAGCCGCAUCGUUAUAGGCCGGGCACCGUGGCCCUGCGUGAAAUCCGUCGUUACCAGAAGUCGACCGAGCUGCUGAUCCGCAAGCUGCCGUUCCAGCGCCUGGUGAGGGAAAUCGCGCAGGACUUCAAGACCGACCUGCGAUUCCAGAGCUCGGCUGUGAUGGCUCUUCAGGAGGCUAGCGAGGCCUACCUGGUCGGUCUCUUCGAGGACACCAACCUGUGCGCCAUCCAUGCCAAGCGCGUUACCAUCAUGCCCAAGGACAUCCAGCUGGCCCGCCGCAUCCGUGGCGAGCGUGCCUAAGUUCGACCGCUGUCUGCACCGCGCAGCCUUGCGUCAGGCAAGCAACACAAAACGGUCCUUCUCAGGACCACCUACAUGUCUGCUUCGGCUACGGGAAUACGCGAGACCACGUACUCCGAACCGUACCC